GCCUAUAAAUACGGUAAGUGCAAUAUCUGAAACGUUAAAGUUGCUCGUAAAGGUGAAUUGUGUUAAGUAAAGAAAAAAUUAAUCGAAAUGAAAUAUUCGUUAAUAUUCAUUCUAACACUGGCUUGCCUGGUUGCCAGCUCUUUAGCAAGACCUGAAGGAGAAAAGAAACCAGCUGACGAUGCUGCAGGCGAAAAGAAAGAAGAAGGCGGCGAAGGAGACAAAGCAGCUGCUGGCGGCGGUGGAGGAGCCAAGGGAAGUGACGGAAAGAAUGCCGAUGGGGCAGGAAAUCCUAUGAAAAUGUUUCAAGAUAUAGUUAAAAAAGUAACUGAGGCAGUCAACCCUCUUAAGAUGGCUGAAGGAUUCCUUGGAGGUGGAGAUUCCGGUGGAUCUAGCGGAAUUCUCGGUUAAGAAAGAUAAAAAGCUUGUUACCUUUCUUGCUGAAAAUCAAAAAAUAUAGAUUGAUUAUAUUGCAAUUGGA